CGCCUUGGGUUUCAUGUACAGGCAAGUUUCGCGGGAAAAUAAGGUUACAAACGACGUGUCCAGGCCUCGUCAACAGGAGCGCUCGAGUAUCACUGCGUGGCUGGUUUGGCGGAACUGUGAUAGAAGGUUUAGCUCGUUAGAUUUUGUCGUUUGGAUGGAGGAAACUACGUGAUCUGAACUCAAAAGAGGAUCCUGCCAAAAAAGAACCUUGUCGCCAUCUGCCAUCAGGGGUCAUUUUUGAAGCAAUGAUGGUGACUGCGUGCACUGAUGAUCAGGGGGCUAUAUGUGACAAGGCAGCAGGCCUCAGCCCCCUCCUGGAAGCACUGGAGGGGAAAGGAGGCCCCCUGAAGGAGAAAGUUGGGGCUUACAUGACCUUGGCAGAACGUCUUAAGGGUGAUAAAGAUGCCAGUUUGUCCCAUGAGGUCUGUCGACACACAGCUCAGCUGACCUGCAUCGUCUGUGUGGACAUCAUGCACGACGACGCAGAGCUGAACCAGGCUGCCUUGCAGGCACUGGGGUUCUGUCUACACCUCACGGACAUAUCCAGGGCUUUUACCCCAGAGGACGCAAGCACAGUUGUUAAAGCCCUAUGCAAUGCUCUGCUGAAGACCAAGGACAAAAGCACCUGUACACGAGCCCUCUGGUGUCUAUCCAAGCAGACCUUCUCCCAACAGAUCAUCAAAAAUGAGCUCCAUUCCAUCCUGUGUGCCUUGGAGCAUGCGCUGGUCCAAGGGGAAUUUCACUCCAUGACUGUGGACUACGAAGCUCUCAACGUCAUCAUCAGACUUCUUGAGCAUCUUCCGGACGACAUGCCCAACCAUGCAGUCCGCUGGGGCAAACUCCUCCUCCCGCUAAUUGUCCGCUCUGCCCACAAGGUCCGAGAGCGUGCAGCCCUGGCCAUAAACCUCGGCCUCCCGGCCAUGGUCAGACAUCAGUCGGACAUUGCUCCUCAGCUGGCUACCGACCUGAAGUCAACCUUGGUAGCCGAAAUGAUGAAACUCUUUGCUAACAAGUGUGAAGUCCACGUCUUGAAGACUUGGGGGAACUUUGUUACUUUGCUGGGCAAGGUGUUGCACAAGGGAGGAGGGCUUAUCAACUGCCUCCUGGGUGUAGUAGAGCAGGGUUUCAAGCACACCUCUGCUGAUGUUAAACUUGCCUCCUUUGUUGCCUGGCGAGUCCUCAUUGACAACUUUGCCCUCGAACCCGAUGUCCUGUACAAUGCCAAAAGACUCAAGCUGCUAUUGCAGCCCCUGAGAGCUACCAGCGCCAAGCAGGAGCUGGUUGCUCAGGCAAAGGUGGACACCUGGUGGCAUCUGGUGCUCAGGCUUGGCCCAAAGGCUGCCAUGAACUUUGACCAGGUGUGUACCCCCUUGCUUCAAUUUGCCCUGGGUCUAAACACCGCCAUUAAGGGGAUGCAGUGCCCAAGUACACCCAUCACCACAAAUGGUUCAGGCCUCAGACAGGGGUUCACCACGCCACUCCAUAGAUCAGCCCACACGUUCUCUUUGGCCAGUCCAACUACGCCCCGUCUAAGUCUCCCCCCGGGCACCCCAGGUGGUGCAGCACCCCCGGUGUUCAAAUCGAUCCAGCUCCAGGGAGUUGAAAUCCUGGCACGAGUUCUUGGCAUGCCCAGUGAUGCUGUAGGGACAGUCUCAGUGUACACCUUCACUGUUGAUACGCUUAGUCAUCCUGUGAUCACGUCCUCUACUACCUUCAUCAAAUUGUCCACCACUUUGAUACCCACUGUGAGAGAUGUCAUCUGCAACCUCGGCAAUCAACUUGUUGCAGAGGGCCUUCUGUUCCAGCUGUGGUAUUCCCUGGUCAUCCAUGUCAGCGAGAUGGUCUCCACGGCAACCAAGAAAGACAGCGUGGAAGUCUUGACGCAGUUCCUGGCAACCCUACAGUGCAUAGUUGGAGGAAGUGGUCUGGCACCAAAGAUUCUACUGAGGUUUCUUGAGGCUGUGAGUCGUCUUCCAAAGAACGUCUUGGGUUCCCCAUCCUACCACGCUGGCAAUGCGGGACUCAUGCAUGGAACACCGGCAUUAUUUCUGAUUGAACUCCUGCUGAGCCAAGGCCUGCUUCAGACUACAGGGGAAGAAAGGUUUUUCUGUGUCCUUGAGACCCUGAUUGACUGCGGGCUCACUGUUCCGGGGACAGUGCUCGGCUUUUGUGGGUCCGUCCUGCAGCUCGUCGACAAGGCAGCAGCUGAUCUGAAUAACGAGAGCGUCACUUGGAGAAUCUGGAGCAGCAUUGUCUACCCGUUGCUGGGUCACAUCAUUGAGACCAAUGAAGUGAACCAGGGCGAUUCUCUAGAUCACGACUUCAGCACAAUGUAUUCCAGCCUGAUGCUUCCUGUGCAACACCUUUUUCAAUCAAGCUCUCUGCCACAGAUGACUGUGAAGACUCUGCUGAAAACAUGGGCAGAGUUGUACCAGGCCUUUGCACGAUGUGCUGCCGUGGUAACCACCGCUGACUCUAACCUGGGUUGUGAGGAGCUCUGCACCAAGGUUCUGGCCUGCUUGGACAGUCAGUCACUGAAGUCAUCUUUUGUGGAUUCCCUGACUCAAAUCCUGCAAGUCAUCUCCGGCAGUCUGGAUUUUUCAUCAUUUGCUUCCAACACAACCCUGAACAAUCUCCCCACCCCGGGAGGAAGUGGGCGUGGGCGGGCUCGUCCCCUGGGUAACCUGACAGCAUUUGUCCGACUGGUUGUCAGGGUGAUUAAAGAAAUGCGGAAUCUGGUGAACGCAGAAAGACCAAAGUUUGCUGGGUUUGUACUUCAGGCAUCCAAUUCCUACAUAUCUUCACCGUCUGUUAGCACCAUGGCAAAUAUCUUGAGCAUUCUCUUCACCAACAUCUCCCAGCCAGGUAUCAUAGAAGCUUUGCUCGACAAACUGGCUGGACCGAUCUCCUGUUUCUUUGACAACUCUGGAGCUUUCAAAUGCAGCUCCUAUCCAGUGCCUUCAUGGCAGAAACUUGAGAAACUCUGGACUGACCUCUUGACCUCAGUACAAACUCGCUACGGUGGGCCGUACAACUCGGCUUUCCUUGCCACAGUCUCCCCACUGCUAGAGAGCGGGUUGACCCACCCCAAGCGGACUAUCAAGAGCCACACCUUGGUGUUCUGGAAUGCUACAUUUGCGACAGUCCAGUCCCUGGAAUACCCCGAGUCUCUCAAAUUGUGUCUUGUGAAACUGAAGGAAAAAACACCAUUGGUUCUACCAGGCUGGACGGACACGGAACAGCCUGUUGUAAAUGAAACACCCGUCAGUCAAAUGUUAGAGAGCGAAGCCUCUCUGAGUCUCAUUCCACCUCCGCCUGCACCCACCGUUCCAAACUUUGGAGCCCCUUCCCCCCAGAAGAUGCACGGUAGCUUCUUGAAACGUACUGCCCAGGCCGAGCGCCUCUUCGCAUCUUCCUCACCAGAGAGAUACAAGAACCCCUCCCCCAAGACCACCAAGAGGACUGUCUCUCCAGGGAAGGGUGUGUUCAGGGGUUUGUCAUCCCCAGUGGGGAGGAAGGGGAAGAGAGACGCAUCACCAGGUGUGAGCGGAGCUGCAGCCAGGAGGCGGCUGCAUGUUGAUGAAGAGAGUAUGGGGGAGUUUGUGUUUAUUGCCCCAUCGCCGAAGAAGACCCAAGUCUUGACAGACCACCAGAAGGAAAUGAUGCGGACACGCCGUGUCCUCCCUGCGCUCUAUAAUGAUCUGGAGCAAUCUCAAGACACUCAGACAUUCAGUGAGCUCAUGAGUCAGACAGAAAAAACCCAAGAUUCACCAAAGGCAGAACAGGAGGAAGAUGUAGCGACAUCAGCAUCUGCCGACAGCCCUUCAAUGUUUGGCUUCCCAAAAGGGCAAACCACAGUGCAGAAGGAGACACAGGGAAUAUGCCAGGAAGACCCAGCCACCAAAGAAGACAGUCCCACCCCACCUUCCACCGAAAUGCCAAAACUAAUCAGCACAAAAGCUGGAGGACUUGAAAGUUCCGUGGCAAGCAUUGAAUCUGAGCUCAGGGAAGAGGGAAAACUACAGGGAUAUGAUGCUGUUUUGGAAAGUGAAAAGGAGCAGAGUGGCAAAAUGUUGACCUUUGAAGGUAUUCUGAGCAAACUAAAGAAGUCUGAGGAACAAUCCGUAGCACCUGCUCUUGAGACACCACCUGUCGAUAACGAUGAUAUUACGCAAGCAAAGUACCCUCCAGCAACAACAGACACUGAGGGCUCUUCUGCCAGCACGACAGAAAAGCCCGCAAGCAGUGAUGAAGAGGAGAUUGAAUUUGGUUUCCCUCCCUCUGAAAGACAGUCAGGGAAUGAUAUCCCGACUGCGUCUGAGAAGGUUGAAAGUGAUGGGGAGAAGCAUGCACUGGCAGAAGACAUGGAGCGUUUGCCACAGGAACAGGAAUUGGAUGGGAAGGUUUCUGGAGAGGAAGCAGGUCAGGACGUAGGGAGCAACGGUACUGAAGGAAAGGUCCUAGCAAAAGAUUCAACUGAUGAUGAAGGAGAUGACAAGAAAGACGGCCAACUGGGGGAGGAUGAUUUUGCCAUUCCAGAAACUCAGCAGUCACAAAGUGUAGAAAUGGCCAGUGACAUAGCAGAUGACAGCUUAGCCAUAUCUCCAGUGAGAUCAGUCGGUGACUCGAGACCAACAGACCUGAAGUUAAAUCUGACCCCAGUUAUCAAACUUCAGAAGCUGAAGGAGGCUGACCUCCUUCAUCUGAGUCCUGACACUUCCAAGUGUUCUUUUGCAAAGCUGGACAUCAACAGUAGUCCUAAGAUAUUUACAAGUAGUGAGGAAGAAGCCACGCCCAGAAGGCUUAUAUCUCGACAUAAGCGGCUCAGCUCAGAUGAAACAUCCACGGGUGACAGAAAGGAGAAUACUUUAAAGAGAGUGGCCAGCGACCCUGCCGUGGCUGGUUCAAAAUCUGCGAAAGUAGUGCAGAAGAAGGUGAUGAAGGGGACAAGGACCGAAGCUUGCGAAGAACAGCUUACAGAGUUCACAAGCUGAUUUGGCCGAGCUUGCAGAGAGAUU